CCUACCUUCUGUUGUUGAACCCCGUUUCCUGUGUCCUCCUUGACCAUCCUUCCCGUAACUUUGUUACACUCACAUUGCUAUGAAAUGUUCAAAUGGAUACAGACAUCUAACAAAUGGUAACAAAUUUGUCUUUCAAACUCUAAGUUAAUGGAACGGGAUCAGGACCACCUCUUCACCCAAGUCACAUGGUGCAUUCUGGGACCACACGGCAUUUGGCAGAAGGUAGCCAAAGAUAUGAAUCAUAAGCUUGAGAGGGGGGAUGUGACAGGAGGAAUCACGGAUGCACAGGGUGUCAAAUGGACUGUGGAUUUAAGAAAGAUGGAGGCAUGUGGGACAGGGCAGGUGACCCAACUCAAACGACUGGAGAACCUUCCAGAUUUCUCUUUGCCUAUCUACUGGGACAACAUGAGUCAAGGUGAGGUCUUAAAAGUGAUUAAUCUAGAUCAGUCAUCUGCAGAAUACCAGAGGGUGAAAACGGACUUCAAGAAGACCGUCCAAAAAACAGUGCUCAAGAUUCAGCGUAUCCAGAAUGUGCAUCUCCGGCAGUUAUAUGAGGCACGUAAAAAAGAGCUGGAGAACAGGAAUGAUUCCAGAGUGAGAUCAGGAGAGAAGAUCCUUUAUCACGGCACAACGGAGGCAGCCUGCACAUCCAUCAUGAAUACUAACUUUAACCGCAAUUUUGCUGGGCAAAAUCGUAAUUAA